AUGUUGGCAGUCCGCCUCCGAGCUCCUCGGCUUAUAAGUCGCGGCCUCGCAACCACUGCGUCCGCAUCCAAACCUUCACCACCCCCGGGCCUGCACUGGCCGGCAGUCGUCCGCCCAAGCGCCAAUGAGGUGAAGAGCGGCCGGCUCGACGAGCGCAACCUCGAAAGGGCCGUGCGACACAUCCACCAGGAUGGUCUCGUGGUGAUUGAAAAUGUCGUGCCACACAGCGACAUCGACAUUCUCAACACCAAAAUGGUGCAAGACGCUCGCGUGCUCCAGGCCAGGGGCGAAAGCGGGCCGUUCAACUACAACCAGGGCAAUCUGCAGCAAGACGCGCCUCCCGUUGCCGAGUUUUUCUUCCCAUCAAUAUUCACAAACACCAUUGCCACCCAGAUCACGUCCGCCGUCCUCGGCCCUCGACCAAAAUGGACCUUUUGCUCUGCCAACUCGGCCAUGCCUCCCCUCCCCGGCGCCGCUCCACAGCGACAGCCAGUGCACUCCGAUGCCGAUUUCGCACACCCGACACAUCCCUUCGCCCUCGUCGUCAACGUGCCUCUGGUAACAAUGACGCCCGAGAACGGCUCGACGGAGCUCUGGCUAGGCACGCACAACACCGACAUCUCCUACCAAGAAGGCACCCACGGCGAACGAGCCAGCGGCCGCAUCAAGGAGAACCACCUCCGCGAUCGCGAAGCCGUCCGCCCUCCUAUCCAACCCACUGUGAAGAAAGGCUCAGUCGUGCUGCGCGAUCUGAGGCUUUGGCACGCUGGGAUGCCGAACCCCUCGGACCAGGUCCGGAUCAUGCUCGCCAUGAUUCACUUUGCGCCCUGGUAUCGGAAUCCAAUGAGGCUGCAGUUUGGCGAGGACUUGAAGCCCGUCUUGGAAGAGCUUGAUCGAAGGGGGCAGCUGGGGCUGGACGUCCCGGUGGAUUGGGUCAGCUCGGAGGAGGCGAUGAGGACGUACCUGGACCGUGGGUUCGGGAACAGUUAUGAUUUUAACCAGACGCCCUGA